AUGUCCGUACGCCAGGAGAUCAUCUCAGAACUCGAGGCCAAUCGAGGGAUCUACGUCACCUUCCUCCAGCAGCUGAUCCGUGCGCCAUCCCCCAACCCAUCAGGAGACACUACAGAAGCCGCAAGAGUCAUUAAGGAAUAUCUGCUGGAGAACGGGAUCAAGCCCGAAAUCGUCGCGCCGUUACCGCAUGCGCCAAACGUUGUCACCGACUUCCAAGGCGGCAAAGGAGCGGGGCAGCGCGUGAUACUCAACGGACAUAUCGAUACGUAUCCCGUAGAGAAGCCUGACGUGUGGGAAAAGGGGCCAUAUUCAGGCCACAGCGAUGGGAGUAUGAUCCAUGGCCGGGGUGGGGUCGAUAUGAAAGCUGGAACCGCGGCAUCCGUCAUUGCAUAUGCUAUCCUGCAUAGAAGAGCUAAGAGUCUGAACGGAAGUGUAGGUCUCAUGGCUGUAUCAGAUGAAGAGACCGGAGGGAAGUGGGGUACUCGAUAUCUACUUGAGAAUUGCGGAAAUCGCUGGCUAGGCGACGUGGUCUUAAACGGCGAGCCUGGUGGUCUUCAGUCUAUCCGAUUUGGCGAGAAGGGUACGUUGCGAAUCGCGUUUAAGGUCGAAGCUCAAGGCUUAAACGGGGCUUACACAUUCCUUUCGCGCGGCGCGAAUAUCGUGGCUUCUAAACUUAUCAAUAAGCUUCUAGAACUGGAAGAUAUAGAAUCUCCUCUGCCAGAAGAGAUUCGGAAGCAUUUCAACUCGCGAGCUUGCAAGAUCGCAGAUGAAAUCAUGGGCGAAGGUGCUUCGGAAGUGCUUCUCAAGCCUACCGUCAACAUAGGAACCAUCCAUGGAGGCGUCAAGGUCAAUACAGUCGCCGAACGAUGUGUAUUCGAAGCCGAUAUUCGCCUGCCUAUAGGCCUGGAUGCCGCGACAAUUCUCCAUCUAAUUGACCAAUACCUAGAAGACUUCCCUCAAGCUUCAUACAAAGUGCAGGAGGCAGCCAGCAACCCAGCAAACUUCUGCACCGCAGACCACCCUUUUGCAGAAACGAUUGCGAAGUGUGCCGAAGAAUUCACGAACAUAAAACCAGUCAUGCUGGCUGGAUUGGGAGGUACGGACUGCAAGUUCUUCCGCUACCGCGGAAUCCCAACGUUCGUGUAUGGCCCAUCACCCAAAGGUAUGGGUGGUAGUCACGAAGCGGUGUCCAUUGACGAGUUCAUAGCAGUGGUAAAGACUCAUACAUUGGCUGCAUGGGACUACCUCUGCAAAAGAUACGCCUUUCCACUGUUCGAUGGAGUCGGUGUGGUAGACUUCGUUUGCAAGGUCGGAGAUCGCACUGUCUAUGGCCUCGUGAAAGAGAAAGCAGAGGCGCGAAAAACUUACGAGGAAGCCAAAGAGCGCGGCGAGAAAGCUGCGCUUCUAGAGCAACUACCCGAUGCUGCAGAUGUCUUCACUACGUCUGUCAGCAACAUCCCCAAGAAUUCUAUUGUAGAGGUCUCCGUUACCUACAUACAGGAGUUGAAACACGAUGCGGAAGUGGACGGCGUUCGAUUGACCGUACCCACAUCCAUUUCCCCCAGAUAUGGCUCAUACCCUGGGAAACUCAUAAAAAGAUCAUCUGUAGAUGAUACAGAGGGAAUCUCGCUGACCAUUGACGUAAGCAUGGCUGAGGGAAUUCCGAUCAAGAAGGUUCUGUCACCUUCACACCCUAUCGAGGUUUCAUUGGGCAGUUUGUCAACAAGCACCGCCGAUGAGGAUCCGUCCUUGUCGAAAGCGUCUGCUACCCUUGCCCUGAGCACCGCACAGCUGGAGAAGGACUUUGUGCUUCAGGUCGUGGCCAAGGAUGGAGGUGUUCCUCAAGCCAUCUUGGAAACCCACCCAACACUCCCCAAUCAGCGAGCCUUGAUGACGACGCUUGUCCCCAAAUUCAAUUUGAAAUCACAGAAGCCGGAAAUCAUCUUCAUUGUCGACCGCUCCGGGAGCAUGGAGGGCAAUAUCACAACCUUAGUAUCUGCCCUCAAGGUCUUUUUGAAAUCCAUCCCUAUCGGACACAUCAGCGGAUUUCGUGCGAAUUUUGGCGGCACAGAAACGCUGCACGCGGUAAAGGCCUGCUUCGAAACUCGCUUGAAGGAGAUGCCAACCGAGCUCAUGCUGCUGACCGACGGCGACAUCUGGUCCCAGCAACAGGUGUUCGAUUACAUCAACGAUCAAACCAAGGCGGGCGAUGUUCGUGUAUUUCCGAUCGGUAUCGGCGGAGGCGUUUCUAGCGCCCUCAUUGAGGGUAUCGCCCGUGCUGGGAAGGGAUUUGCUCAGAUGGUGGCAAAUAACGAGAAGCUUGAUAGCAAGGUUGUGCGGAUGCUCAAGGGUGCACUCACACCCCACAUCAAAGAUUACCGCUUGGAAGUGAAGUACGAAGACGACAGUAUGGAUUCUGUCACUGACAGCUUGCGCAUUCGCCUCCAACUCCAUGAUCAACAAAGCGAUCAAACCACUAUGUCGCCUGAUAAGAUGGAGGCGGAACCGAUCUCAUUAUAUGAUACUAAGGCCGAGGAGGAACAUCCCAAGUCUGAUGAAGGAACAGACAUUUUUGCCGGUCUACCGAAGCUCGACCGGCCCAGGAUCCUACAAGCACCUCAUGAGAUGCCUCCACUCUUUCCAUUCAAUCGCUCCUGCGUCUAUCUUCUGCUUUCGCCUGCAGCAGCCAAUGCGAAACCAAAAAGCGUUAUCUUGAAGGGCACAUCGCCGCAAGGUCCUCUUGAGUUAGAGAUACCCGUCGAGGUUCGCACGGCUCCUGAUCAGAUGAUACAUCAGCUAGCUGCGCGCAAAGCAACCCAAGAACUUGAAGAAGGCCGAGGCUGGGUAACGGAAGCCAUAACAGAUGGCGAGAAGCCUGGAGAGACAACCCCGAUCAGCAAGAGGUAUCCCGCGAAGACAGCUCUACUACAGCGACGUGAAGCCGUCCGAUUGGGUGUGGAAUUUCAGGUCGGCGGUAAAUACUGCUCUUUUGUGGCGGUAGAAGCCAACGAAGCCGAGAUCGCACAGAAGCGCCAGCAAGCAAUUAAUGGCUCUGUGAAAAAAGCCUCUGGUGAGAACUUCAAUGACUGGGAAGAGUUCAUCCCUACCGGCGGGGACGCUCAUUACUUAGGUUCCUCAGUGGCUCUUGCGUCUAAAAAACUGAUCGACUAUUUUGGAGAACCUCCUGUUCCUGCUGAUUCGAACGCAGCACCAGGUACGCAAAACACUUUUCAUACCAACAGUAAACGUACCCUGCCACCCGGAACCACCUCUGCUCAGCGCUUUGAAGAUCCACAAGGUGGAGGCGCAAGGACUAACCCUCUUGCACAACUGCAUGGACAUUUUGCUGCAACAGGAGCAAAAGUGGCCCCUACGAGAAACACCUCCAACUUUGAUCCUGAGUUCCUUGCGGAACCCCCCACGGACUCGUACACAGAUGGGCCAUUGCUCUCCCAGGCAAUGCAGCAGCAAUUUCAAGGAUGGUCGUACAAUCGCCCUGCUCUACCCGGCAGUGUCGGGUCCGAAUCGCUUGCCAAGAGCAACUUGGCGCCGCCAGCGCCGACCAAAGGAAAGAAGAAACAAUCUAACGUGUCUACAGAGUUUGCUGACUUCCUCGAAGAAGAGACUUUUCAUGACGAGGAGGAAUUGGACCUGGAUUUUGGAGGGUCUGUCGCGAUGUCUGGACAGGCUCAAGAAGAAAGGGAAGACUCGGAUGAGGAUAUGGGCUAUGGUCUAUUCGAUAGCCCGGGGAACGAUGUCCCGAGCGCUCCGGCAUCCGGAGCGCAGUUCUUGAAGAGCACUACGUCUUUUGACUACGAGGAAGAUGAUAGCUCAGGUGUAACUCGGUUCUUGAAGGCCACCGACACAUCUUCUGAGAGUGAAGAUGACGUCCUCGACGAUGACAGUGAGGACGACGAUGAAGCAAUUGUUUCUGCAGGGAAGGGCACGUUGCUCGAAAGCAUCAUUGCCCAGCAAUUGUUCGAUGGAUCCUGGAAAUCUAUCCAGCCUUCGUUCCAGAAGAAAAUGGGCAUCAACUCGGACGAUUACCGCAAGCAGGUCGAUGGCCUAGUGUUAUGUGAUUACUCGCUUGAUCGUGGGAAGGCGGAAGCUGCUUUGAGCACGGCACUCAUUGUUCUUUAUCUCGAGCAAAAGCUAUCCGAUGAGGAAGAGACAUGGGAGUUGAUCGUAGAGAAAGCAAAGACGUGGUUCGGGGACAACGUGGAUGAGGGGAUGAUGGAAGCGGCGUUCGCAACGGCGACGGAACUUUUGAAGGCGUAA